GUAAUUGUUGUCGAGAUUAUAUGAACGGGCGUCAUCAUCAACGGGCCACGCUUUGACGCAACCCCGCACAUCAGGAACUAGUUACAUUAGGAGCUAGUGAUGCACACGCUGAUCAGAUGCAACGGCGCGCCGAGUCCGUUCGUGUUGCUGUUCUUUCUCUGUGGAUACGCUCUACGAUUGGUCCUUAGCAUUACCCCAUUUACAAUGAAAUUCCACAGGGGCUAUCUUUUAGUUGUGACCAGAGACUUCCAGGGUAUUACAGCGAUCCAGAAGCACAGUGCCAGGUAUGGCACUGGUGUCUCCCUAACGGCCAGAAAUUCAGCUUUCUAUGCCCGAACGGAACCGUCUUCAACCAGUUCGCACGGGUAUGUGACUGGUGGUUCAACGUAGACUGCGCGGCCACUCCGAACCUCUACAAUAUCAACGAAGAUCUGUACGUGGUGCCACCACCCAGCAAUACCAAUAGAAGACGAAGAAGAAUCAGUCAUCGUCAC